UUGCUUAUUCCAAACUGGGCUUUAGCCUUUACAUCUAUAAAUUCCCAUCCCUUUGAAUCUUUUUAUCUUUUCUCAUCAAUUCAACCCAAUCCCCUCUUUCUUGUUGAUUCAUAAUUGUCCGUCCGUCCGUCGAAUCUGUGAUUGUUUCAGUUGCACUUGAAAAAAACAAACAAUUUUUUCUCCGUCAGCCGUUUCAUUUUCACAGAGAUUAGUCAAAUUCUGAAGCGUUCUUGAGACCCAUUUUGAAGAUCUGGUGUUUUGUUCUUAGUUUCUUAGUAUAUGGACUAUGAACUUUUAGACAGCAGUGGUUAUUCCGCAAAGGGUUGUAUUGUGUAGAUUUGUGUUAAGCUCCGCUGGAUUACUCUCUGAAAAUUAAGGACAAAGAAACUAGGGCUCGGUACUGAUGAUGAUCUGCCUCUAUCACAAUAUAAUAGAGCCCCUGCAGGAAGCAUUAUCGCUGGAAACGGAAGGUCUAGCAUAAGUUCAGCCCCAUACCAAAGGAUGUAUGUUGAUAUGGAAGCCCAAAUUCACAACCUUGAGCAGGAAGCAUACGGUGCAAUCCUUCGAGCUUUCAAAGCACAGUCUGAUGCUCUUACAUGGGAAAAGGAAAGCUUGAUAACAGAACUCAGGAAAGAGCUAAGAGUAUCAGAUGAUGAGCACAGAGACCUACUAACCAAGGUCAAUGCAGAUAACCUCAUUCAUAGGAUCAGGGAAUGGAGAAAGAAUAUGGGAAACCAACCUGUUCAUGAACAACUCCCUAGUCCAACGGUUUCUGGAUCAAGAAAGAGGCCUAAAGUGUCACAGUCUGUGAUAAUGCCAUUUGGUGCCACAUCCGAGUCAUUGCACCAUCAGACAAUUGGUGCAAGCACACAACCUACAACUCCAGGCGCAAAAUGGGGAGUAGCACCAGGAAAUGGAGGAUUGAGGUCUAGACCUGGUCAACCAGUUUUCUCCUCAAAGCCCAUUCAUUAUCAACAGGCUGGUCCUGGUUCUUCAGGUGCUCUUCGUUCAGGUGAACUUGCUGAAAGACCAGGUGACUCCUUCCUUGGGAGAAGAGUGAUGACUAGGUGGCCAGAUGACAACAACUUCUAUGAGGCCAUUAUAACUAAAUACAACGCUGUCGAUGGUCGGCAUGCUUUGGUGUAUGAUAUUGCUACACCAAAUGAGACCUGGGAAUGGGUUGAUCUCAAAGAGAUUCCCUCCAAUGAUAUUCGAUGGGUAGGUGAUGACCCUGGAAUUUCUCAAGUUGGUGGAGGUGGUGGGCCAGGCUAUGGAGUUAAUACUCUAAGUGCGGGAAGAGGGAGGAGAUUUGCUAGGCAACAAUUUGAGAAUGAUGUUCACGCAUCACAAAACGGAAUUGUACAGAAGACUCCAGAUGAAAUUGAGAUACUACACACAGAAACGUUGUUAAAGAAGGUUGAGAAGGUUAUAGAUGCAAGUCACCCUGAUCUGCUUGAGAUUGAAAAGGCUAAGAAAAUGCUCAAGGAACAUGAACAAGCUCUAGUUGAUGUGAUUGCCAAGCUUGCGGAUGUUUGUGACAGUGGAAGUGGUGGGGAGCAGCCCUCCUUUCCUAUAAAUUAUCCACAUGGGAGCAAUCAUGAUGGUGACGAUAUGGAGCCUGAGACAAGGGGAAGAUCUCUAGCUAACGAAACAGCAAGAGGUCAAGGCGCACCGGAAAAUCAGCAAGAUGAGGAUGUCAUCGUUAUUUAGUUCAAUUUCCUUCUCAUAACAGCAACAUUUGUACUGUCUGUGUAGGAUUCUGGAGCUACUAAACUUCGUAUUUCAGCUUGAUUUUAUGGUAGAAAUGGAUUCAAGUGCCAUAGUUGCAUUUGUUAAUCUUGUAAGACGAUGUAGAGUUCUCUUUGUAUGUUCUAUUUCAGUAACUUUUAGCCGUGCUGCUACAAUGGACUCCUUCCUCCACUGAAUAAAGCUGUUUCUGUUUUAUUUUCCUUUCC